AUGACGUCGGUGGGCGGUGUUCCUCCCCCUGGAUUGAAUCCAACUGCUCCUCCCUCCACAAGUGAGGGCUUGUCCAUUGAAGAGCUGAAAGAGCAGGGAAACCUCGCCUUCAAGCGCGCUGCACUUUUGAAGCGAACGACGGCUUCAACGCAGUAUCUCAGUGAAGCCAAGUCCUACUACAUCCAGGCUAUCCAGCGAGUGGGGAAUGCAAAAGCGAAUGCCAGCAAUCUCGCGCUGGGGUGUGAAGUCAUUGCCGUUGCAGAGCCCCAUCAGCCCUUCGUCGCGCAGGAGCUUACUUCCAAUCAGCCUGUGAUGCAGGUUCUUCAGCCGUAUGUGACGAUGCUGGUGCCCGUCAUCGUGAACGCGUCCGGCCCUGUCAUGGCAGGGCAAGCACAGGCGGUUCCUGUGGCCGCCCCCAAUCAGGACUACACCGGUUCCUGGGCGUAUUCUCCAAACUCUCCCGAGAUGGGGCCAAUGGAGAAUGGAAACUUUGGCUAUGAUCCCUAUACCGACAUGGCUGGAGGAUACGAAUUUGGUUCGCUCAUGGAGGAUGAGGAAACGCGCGGACAUGCGCGGCGCCGCCGCCGCAUGCGCACCGCACAGCCGAAGGCACCAGGAAUGAUUCAAAGCUCUGCCCGCGGCUGUGGAGAGGAAAGCUCCUUGCUUUCCAAAGAGCGCUGCGACGAUCUUCGUCAGCAGCUGCAGGCCGGACAUGACGGCCUGUCACUGGCCAUGUCUGAGAUCUCUGAUAAGGUGUGGCCAUUGUCUCGUGAUGCAAAUGGAUGCCGCGUGGUGCAGUUGGCCAUGGAGAAGUCCAGCAAUGGUGUUGCCAAGGACUUGGCUGCUGAGCUACAUGGACAUGUGAGGGAGGCUGCUGUUUCCCCUCAUGCCAACUACGUGGUCCAGAAGGUCAUCACUCAGCUGAGUCCAGCGACCUCGGCGUUCAUCGCUGAAGAGCUCUUGGGCAACGCCGCUCGAUUCGCCAGGCAUCGCUUCGGUUGCCGAAUUAUGUGUCGCUUGUUGGAGCACUGCUCCUCUCAGGAGGGGACUCUCCGACUGAUCGACGAAGUCCUGGAGGAUCCCGCGGAGGCUUUGGAUCUUUGCCGUCACAACUUCGGACAUCAUGUGGUUCAGUCCAUACUGGAGCACGGAGAUGUGAGGUACAAGGAGCUAAUCGCGGAAGUCCUGCGUCACGACCUGCUUGCAAACGCUUCCCAUCGCAGUGCAAGCUAUGUCGUGGAGUCCGCUCUGUCACACUGCUCGGAGAAGGACCAACAAGCUUUGCUGCAGCAGCUGUCUCAUCCAAACAUGGUCGCCGAGCUGGCACAAGCCCGCUACGGCUUCUACGUGGCGAAGACUCUGCUGCAGCGCCCUGAAGUGGAUGCCGAGAUGCUGGCCCGCAACAUUCCGGCAGUGGCUGCCCUGCUCUCAAGCAGUGAACCAACCCUGGAGCUUCGCUGA